CCACCAAAACGAACUCCCCACCCCCCAUAGGUUCCACUGAUCGAUAGGAUAUUGUGAGGGAGGAACUAACCCAAAACAACCAGUAACCUACAUACUAGUUAUGCGCCAUAGUCUAUAUGCCACAUACAGGGAGCCAACAGACCAUCCAUUAUCCACUGAAGAGGAGGAGGAGGUGGAAACUGAAGAAAGACGAUCAAAUUAAGGAAGAGUAGAAGGUUGAGAAGAGAUAAAAAUAGAAUAGAAAUAUAGAAUAGAGUCAGGAAAGAGAGAAAGAAAUACACAUUGGAGGAGAAAAGAUGGCUCGUGUUAGGAGGAAUGAGCUUGUCUUCGUUUACCUGUUCUUCUCGAUGUUGGUCGCCGGGUCUCUUUUGCGACCUGUUCGAGGAGGAUUAAGAGCAGAAGGACUGGUUGAAGGCUCCGCAGAAGUGAUCAGUCACUCUCAGGGUCUGGUGGCUCGGCUAGAGGGUCUCCUCUUGCUGGGGAAUAACAGUGAUAUUUCCCUACGUGUGGAGACAGUGGAUGCAGAUGAGGUUAAGGUGAUCCAAGCCCACACGCUGGUGCUUUCAAUGCAGAGCCGAGUGUUUGAGGAGAUGCUGAGAAAGCGCAACAGCAGCACACUUGUGUUGCAGGAAACAGCUGAAUGCACUGCUGUGUUUGACAAGUUCAUCAGAUAUCUCUACUGCGGUGAGCUCUCCUUACAGUUAGACCAGGCCACGCCACUGCACAGUCUGGCCACCAAAUACGCCAUCUCUGGCCUCCAGCAAGGACUGACCCAGUACAUGAGCCAGAACCUUGCUAGCGACUCUCCCACCGGACAUGUGGUGGGCUGGUACCAGUACGCCACAAAAGUGGGCGAUAUGACACUGAAAGACAACUGCCUUCAAUUUCUGUCCUGGAAUCUGUCGUCAGUGCUUCAGAGUCCAGAAUGGCCAUUGGUUAGCAUCGAAUUGUUAAUGACUCUCCUACAGCGCUCCGAUUUAGUGUUGAAAAAUGAACUGGAAUUGUUUGAGGCAGUUGAAACAUGGCUCACCCAAAACAACCCAGACAGCCUGACAGCAGAAAAUGCCCUUCGUUUAGUGCGUUACGCCAUGAUCCCUCCACGUGAGCUUUUUCGUUUGCAACGACAGUCACCGAUCAUGACGCGCUACCAUGAAUCUGUCCGUGACCUCCUCUACAUGUCCUACCAAUUCCAUUCAGCCUCUCCACUUCAACUGGCCAAGUUUUUCGACAUGAAUUGCAGCCUCUUUGUGCCCCGCAAUUACCUCUCAUCCAUGUGGGGCGCUCAGUGGAUCAUAAACAACCCAGCACGGGAUGACCGCAGCACCAGUUUCCAGACUCAAUUGGGUCCCAGUGGGUUUGACUCUAGUAAGCGUGUCACAUGGAAUGCCUUGUUUUCGCCCCGUUGGCUCCCCCUUAGCAUGCGGCCCAUGUAUACUGAACAGGGGGCAAUGCAGCCGCCGCGGCCAGAUGGGGGAAGUGGCAUCGCCCGGCCAAGGAUCAUCAUCACUCCUGCAACUUCCAGUGCUGACUUUGCGGGUGUGAAUUUCCAGAAGACUGUGCUCGUCUUGACAAGGCAGAAGGGCAAGCUUGUGGUGCGGCAUAUCCUCGGUUUCCACCAAAGCACAGAGGAGGUCGGGGACUUUCUGGCGGAUUCUGACCUGCAGUUACGAACAUCCGAGUAUGUGGUGGACGGAUCGCUUUACUUCCACAUCAUAGUAAAGCCAAUCUACCAGACUCUCAUCACCACCAAGAAAUAAUGCAACCUUCAUGCUGCAGUAGGCCCCGAUAUUAUUACAGCGAAGAUAGGAAUAAAAAAAGUUUGAAAUGUCUGAGUAGUAAAUAUGCUGUUGGGAUUGGCAUUUAGGUGAAUAUGUAAAUAUUUUCUGUCAAUUACAGUAUAAACAUGUUAAAACACCAGUGGUGAGAAAACAGCAUCAUCUCGUAAAAGCAAUUUGGACGUUUUCACAAGCUCUGCAAUUUGGCACUAGUCAAGAGAAGUCAAAUCACAUUUAUUUACACCACAAUGUACACCUUAGAUAUAGACAAACUAUAACAGUAUUGCUUUUAAUCAGAAUUAAAUGUAAAUUUCCACUAUAAACCAGGGGUUCCUUCUUCGUAGGUGGAUUAUUCAGUUAGCUGGAUUUGGUUAUUGACGAUUUGACAUGAUUUAGAAUCGUUUCGUUCUUCUAAACUGAUCUGAGAGUUGUUGUC